AUGUAUGUCGGCCAUUGUUAUUGCGGUGCCUCCCGUGUGGAGAUCAAUUGCGAGCCUGUGGCAGUGGGCCUUUGCCAUUGUCUCGAUUGCCGAAAAGUCUCUGGCAGUACCAAUGCUUUGAACUGGUUCAUACCUUCGGAACAAAUGACUGCCUCUGGUCCUUUGAAAACCUUUUCCAAAACGCUCGACCACGGCAAUGACAUUGUCAACACCUUUUGCAGUGACUGUGGCACGACUCUCUUUCGGGAAGGGCAGGCCAUGCCUGGCACCCGAUUCCUCAAGGCGGGCAUUUUGGACGAUCCCACCUGCCUCAACACUUUCAAGCCCCAGGGGGAGAUUUUUGUCUCGCGACGUGUUAACUGGCUCAGUCCUGUACCGGGUGCUUCCCAGAAGCAGGAAUUAUUCGCUUGA